AUGGAAAUACGUGAAGUGAAUCUGUUAGCAGCUAAUCAAGCAAUCAUGCCGGACUGGACUUGGCUCCUUUUAGCAGCGCUGUUCGGAGCCGCCGCCGCUUUAGCGAUACCCGUAGCCCUUCUCAUCUACUUCAUCAGGCCCUUCGAAAAGAAACAGCCUCCGGAGCAGCAAUUUACCUUCCCUGUCACAUUGCCGCCCGAGAUCCUGAAUGAGUUGACCCGCGGGGCUGGGAGCACUCCUGAGGGUGUGCUGAACGCGAUGCUGCAGUUCAUAUUCCAGCAGAGUACGGCAGACACUCGCUGGCUGCGCCGCCGGAUGGCCAGCGAGUUGGCAGAGCUAUUGGCAAAAACUUCCUCCGGGAAAAUAUUCGAGUCGCUGACGCUUCGUUCCUUAGAAGUGGGCACAGAGUUUCCGAGCAUAGCCAACUUGCAAUUGCUAAGCGGUGAGCUUGAGGAGGACGGUGCCCGUCUUCGCUCCCUCGACAUCAGAUUCGAUUUAUCAUACGAUGGCAACUUCAGAAUCGACGUGGACGCCGUAAUGCUAUUAGGAAAGAUCGCUAAUAUAUCCAUUACAGUCGAGAGCAUAAGCGGUAAUGUGCGCUUGAUGUUCCGCCGAACUCCGUACACCCACUGGGCACUGGCCUUCGAGACGCCACCGAAGCUGGAGCUGCGGGUUAGAGGCCGCUUCCAAGGGAGGCAGCUGAAGCCUAGACUGGCAUCGUUAGUGGCAGCUCAUAUUAGACGGGCAGUUGCGCAAAGGCAUACGCUUCCCACUUACAAGAUACGAUACAAGCCGUUCUUCCCGAAAUCGGAACCAGGCAGCACGGAUGGAGAGGAUGGCCCGACACCACAGGGGCGGCUUACUGUUCGAUUGGUCGAAGUAACCCGUUUACAUUGGCCAGGCGGCAACGGAUGCGUCAGAGCGGCUCUGGCCGUCGAUUCACAUGGAUGGGUUUCGCUUCGGCGGGGCGUUCUCGUCCUCGACAUUGUGCUACCGGCGGUGGCCGGGCCCUUGGGUCUGGUGUGCUGCCAAGGAGUGGGCGUGGUGCUGGUCGACACCGUGGUGCCGAUGUCGCCCGCCUACCGCGCCGACUUGCGCCGCGACGACGUCGUACUCGCCAUCGACAACAAACCCAUCAACAACGUCGCGCAGGUGGGCAAACUUCUACGUAGCGUAGAACGUCGUGCAGUCACGGUAAGAGUGCGACGGGGAGGAACGGGAGGAACUGGAGGAUCAGUGAGUGGAGGUCGGAGGGAGGACGAGCCAAGACGGCUCCGCACAAACUUCUCCUUCAGACGGGUCUCUGAGGUUAUGGAAGGUGUUAGACUUCAGAGCAUGCGCGCAGCAGCCUCCAGGAACAAUUUAUUAGAAACUGACUCACCCGCAAAAGUUACGGAACCGUCGAAUGAAGCUGAACCAAAGCAGAAAGCUGAAGCAGCGCGACAGGCUGCGAAGACUUCUGAACCUGGUCCAGGGAACUUCGGUCUGCGAAAGCGAAGAUGCUCCGUGGAAAAUAAGUCUUCCGAUAGUUCCGCUGGCAGCACCCCACCAGCAUCAGGCGCCAGCACACCCCUUAGACAAGCUACCGUUGUCAACAAAAUUGUAAAACACCCGGAUAUACCAAUAAUUAAAACUGACUCCUCCGAAUGCAAACCAGAAAAACCCGAAACUGUGCUGGAUGAUGAAGAACAAAUAUUCGAGACGGGCGGACCGAGGCAGAGUGAGCACGUCGAGAUAUGCCAAAUGUUCUGGACGAAAAAUGUCCAGCUGAAACCAAUCAUACCAUUUGAUGAAGAGACUGAUUUUAAACUGAACGAAAACCAUAAGUAUUUGAACAUCAACGUAUGGGCCACGGUGCCGGGUGAAAAAGACGAGGUGUUGUUGGGAUAUUUGAAUAUACCGUUGGCGGCUUUGUUGUCCGAAUGCCAAGAUUCAACGGUACCGCACCAUACGAAGAGAUAUCAAUUCCUCCCACCCGAUGUAGACAUAAAAUUCAGCAAGAGUCACAAGCUGGCCUCGCACGCCGGCUUCGAGCCGUGCCUGUGCUUCGGCGACGCGCUGGUCUGGUGGGAGUGGGAGGGGGCGGGGGGCGCUCGCAGCGCGCCGCGCUCGACGCCGCGCGGUGCCACGCCGCCGCGCCCGCACAAGCCGGCGCGCGCCGCGCACGACUUCGUCCGCACGCACUUCCACAGAUCCACCCAGUGCGAUUUCUGCAACAAGAAGAUAUGGUUGAAAGAUGCGAUGCAAUGCCGAAACUGCGGUUUGUGUUGCCACAAAAAGUGCGUCACGAAAUGUCAGGAAUCAUCGCCAUGUAUCCCAAAGCAAGACCGAGAUCCUUCUGCUGGAAGUGGGUGUUCUCCUCCGGAACUGAUUAUGACUGAGCCAGACUCGAUGCCAGAUCCUGAUUCCGAUGAAGAAGACAAGACAGACAGAAAAGACUCGCUAGACGUACAUGAGGAAGGUGGUGGUGCAAUGAGCGCAUUGGUGGCAGGGCUUCGGCGUGCUGGGUCCGCCCACUCGCUGUCGGCGCCGAAACCCAACGCCUCCUCGCGCUCCUUGCCGCCAUCGCCCAGCCAUACACCCAGGAGGCAGUCGCUGGAGGCGGCGGCGCCGUUCGGCGGGUGCGCGGCGGCGUGGGAGGCGCGGGGCGCGGGGGCUGCGGGCGCGGCGGCGGCGGUGGCCACGAUGCUGCGCCCGGCGCUGCGCAGCGGCCUCCCGCCCGACGCCCUGCUGGCGGCCGCCAGGGACUCCGCGCCUGAGCUCGCCGCCAAGCUCACCGCCGCGCAGAUCCACGACAUGCUUCAGGCUGUCCGCGAGGAGUUGUCGGCGGAAGACGCGAGUGCGGCGGAAGAGGGAGGGGAGGGCCGAGCCUGCGCCCUCACAGCGCUAAUGCUGCACUGCUGCGCCGCAGCACAGCUAGCGCAGCAACGCGCCGACGACGCCCCCACU